AUGAGUCUGAACAAUAGUUUGAAUUUGAAAAUCCAGCGUGGAGACGAGAUCAGGAAAAUCCAUCACCUUCCUCAAACAUGGGCUGACCUUCAAGGAGCCCUUCUUGAUUUAUAUGGGAGUACUGACUUCCAAAUCACUUAUAUAGAUGAUGAAGGUGACCAAAUCCUGGUCUCAAAUGAUGAAGAACUGGCUGAUGCCUAUGAGUUCGCUAAAGGAAAAUUCAGCCUAAAGCUUAUUGUCAAAGAAAAAGGACAAGUGGCUCCAGAGCCUCAACAAAUCCCAGUCGAAGAAAAUAAAGAAAAAGGACAAGUGGUGCCAGAGCCUCAACCAAUGCAAGUCGAAGAAGAUAAAGAAGAAAGUGAAAGUGAAAGCUCAGAAGAUGAAGAAAAAGAGGAGAACUAUGAAGAGGUACCUGUAGGACAAAUGUUCGACAUGAUCAGAAACCAUCCUCUAGCCCAACAAUUCUGCCAAAAUUUCUGCCCACAGCAAGCUACCUGUGAUAGCUGCAAUAAAACAAUAGAAGGUGUGCGCUACAAAUGUUCAGUGUGCCCUAACUUUGACUUCUGUGAAGAAUGUGAAGCUACCCAAGCCCAUCCUCAUCCGUUUAUCAAAAUUCCUAAUGAAGCUCCUCAAUUCCCAGGGCCUCCUCCAUUCUUAGGACACCCAGGUCAACACCCUGGCUAUUUCCGUGGACACCCUGGCUAUAUCCGUGGACACCCUGGUCAUUUCCGUGGACAUCCUGGUCAUUUCCGUGGACACCCUGGUCAUUUCCCAAUGCAUUCGCCUCCUCCAUUUGUCGACUUUAUCAACCAAUUCGCUCAAAAUUUCAAAAAGCCUAAAAGAUUCCACUUAACCAUAAUAGAGCACCUUUUAAAGAAAAAACAAGAAGUUUGCCCUGGAGAAGUCAUACAAGCAGGAUGGACAAUUAGAAAUACAGGGACUGAAGACUGGCCUGAAGGCACAAAAGUGGUCUUUGCCAAAGGGUCAUUGAAUCCUCUUGAAGAAAUUACAUUGCCAAGAAUUCCUGCAGGACAACAGCAAGAUGUGAUUAUUGAGUUCAUUACGCCUAUGGAGCUAGGAAAGCAAAAAGGAGUUUGGAAGCUUCAGGUUGGCGACAAAAGGUUUGGAAGAUUGCCUAUCACAGUGAAUGCUGUGACGGCAGAAACUUUUGAAGAGAAGAUUGCACGCUUAGUGACUAUGGGGUUUAGCGAAGAAGAAGCAAGAAGAGGCUUAGAAGCAGCAAAAGGAGAUCUGAAUCAAGCAGUCUCAAAGAUAUUUGCGUAA